AGUGAGUGUUAGCGCAGACGCUAAUGACAAGAGUUGUUUCAACAGGCUGCCUGUUUUCUCUUCUUUUAAACUCAUCACACCGGGAUUACAGUUCUUUCUGAAGUCUAUGCGGCGGUUUAUAUCGACAGUCAGACGUCAGCAUGUUUAACCCUCAUCAGCAACAGCAGCAGUUUCAUCAGCAUCUGCGUCAGCUGCAACAGCUGUUUCAGCAGCAGACGGCCCCUCCGCCGCCACCACCCCCUCCACCACCUCAGCCUCCACCUGGCCAUCACAUGAGCCAUCACCAUCAGACCGCACGGCCUAUGGGUGUGCCCACCGGAGCACCACCUUCUGCCCAUAUGGUAAACCUCUGUUCGGCGACUCAAAACAUCAUGGGACACAAUCCCAUGCUACAAGGGGCUCUGCUGAUGCAACAGAUACAGGCCAGUGGCAUGCGUGGAUUUGCCAUGGGUGGACAGCAGUUCCCACAGUUCUUUGCUCCUGGAUCCAGAGCGUCUCUCCUCGGGCCUGUUCCAAUGGGAGUGGCCAUCAAAACUCCACAUAUGGGAUACCCGCGACAUUUCAGCCCACACGCACGUUACUUCAACAAUCAGGAUUUUCAGUCACGUCAACCAGACAGAAAGAGAGAGAUCGAGCAGAAACCUAUGGGGAGCAGCGACAGCCAAUCAGAAGCCAGCGGCAGCAGAGUGGAUGAUGCAGCAGGUGUAGCCGAUCCGGGAUGUCCAUCCACUUCAGAUCAGCCUGAAGAGCCAGAGGCCAAAAAACAGAGAACAGAAGGGUCUGAGGAGCCCGUGGCCAGGGAAGAAUCAGUAAAGAGCGCUGAAUAUAAGAGUCCAGAUCCUGAAGAGUGCACGCUGCAGGAGGGAGGGAGCGUGGAGGAGCCGGUGGCCGCUGAAGCACAUGAACAGAGUCAAGUGGCCACGCAGAUGGAAUGCACCAAACCGUCAAAUCAUGAUGGAGAGAAGCAGAACAGAGAUGUUGAAGAUGACGCCACGGGCUUAAGUACCGCCAGUGAUGUACCCACAGUCUCAGCCAGAGGUCCAGAGGAGAUCAGAGACGCAACGCAAGAGACCUCCAACAAGUUCUUCUGCUAUAUUUGCAACAUCACUUGUCAUAACCAGCAGAAUUUCCAGGGCCAUAUGAACGGACUGAGUCACCAGCAGAAGAUGAUGGAGAUCCAGCACAUGAGUAACGCGUGUCUCGUGACGCUGCUACCACGAGUCCAGGAGUCCUUACAGGGGACUCGUAAAGACGGAGAGAAGAGACCAGGCCUGCAGAGAUGGUGUUCCACCUGCCAGACUCACUUCACCUCCAAUGUGAUGGAGCACCGCAAAACCAGAGAGCACAAGCAGUGUAGUCGCUCGUCUACCUCCAGCUGCACCGUCUGUAAACAGGACUUCACCACAGCAAGAGAGUUUGUGAAACACAUGAAGACUAAAGAACACAAGCAACGAGUCGAACAGUUGUGGAGGGAUUCUGGUAAGGACGGUGUGGAGGAGCUGAACGCUGAGAUAGUAUUGGGCGAGGAGGAUGAUGACAUCAGCGACAACGAGAGGGAGGAGGAUGACGACGGGAAGGUAAAACAUGAGGGUCUGUCUGCGCAGAUGGAGGUCACGCUGGAAGAUCUGACAGAGAACGAGGAGUUUGACGCUGAUAUUGUGUAUGGGUCUAGUUUCGUGGUACCCGUGGCCGGUUUCCUCUGUCGUCUCUGUAAUCAUUUCUAUCACUUUGAAUCUUCUGCUCGACACGCGCACUGCAAGACCCCCAAACACUUUCACAACCUCAAGAAAUAUAAAGCCUCGAAGAAACACGAAGAAUCGGCUUCGACCUCAGAACCACCAGCAGACCUCAUUGGUCCAGAUAAAACCAUUGAACCUCUGUUUACCUCACCCCAGUCCCUCAUCCCGAUGUCACCCCUCCAAACAAUUCAUCCCCUCAUCGGCAUUAACAGACUGAGCACCAGCAGCCUGAGCGAACAUCAGGACCAUCCGCCGUCAUCCCCAAACCAGCAGCAGGAGCCGGAGGAAGUCCUCUCACAAACACUCUCCGCUCCUCCCGGCCAAUCAGAAGCCAUCGCAGGGGAAGAGCCCGGCACAGGAGAGCAGGAGGAAGAGAAGGAGGACGAGAGGCUCCCGGAGGAGAAGGCCGGCAGGGGCAGAGGUCGUGGUGCGGGGAAGAGGCGAGGACGAGGAGGAAAGCGGCGUUGAGACUGACGUUGCGGUUCAGGGGAGAGGAGAUGAUCGGAGCUGCUAUUCAUCCUGGGAGAGGAACCACUUUAGCACAGGACUGCAGUGAAAACAGGCCUCCGUUGGCAGCAUGUCUGGAAGGGUUUGUGCCACUAAACCUGUUUGUAUUAAGAACCUCGGCGCAAAUGCAGGGUGUGCGAGUCUUUAUCCGUGUUUUUUAUUUUGUUCCUUUUGAAUGCCGGAGUGAAAUGUGAAAGCGUUUGUAGUGACAUAGAAUGUAGCAGAAAUGUUUUAUUGAAACGUGGAAGUGUGAUUGUAGAUUUGAAUCCAGCUAAGCAGUUCAACCACACAUCCUUCAUCCAUCCAGGUGACUCCAGUGGGUUUAUAAAUGUCUUCUGAAGCGAAACGAUAUGUUUGUGAGAGGUGAUUUUUGUCUUCUUUUGAUAUUUGUAAAGCCCCACACGUGAAUCAGCGCACAGAAACUGUUGUGUGAGUUGUAAUAAAUCUCUUUAAAAGACUUCUGAAUGGAGAAGCUUCGGGUCUCUGCCUGGUUUAGUUUAACAGAAGGAUAAUAAAACCAGCAUUAACAUGUUUUAUGGCUGUUGAACAGAGUUGAGACGGGAGUCUGCUGAACACAUUGGGACUGCCGUGAUAAAUCUCACCAUUCGUGACAGAUGGGCAGGACCGUAAGUUCUGAUACUGGAUCCAUUUUUCUUGAGAAUUUGACUGUUUUCAGGGUGUCGAGACCGUCUUUGUGUUCACCACAAAUGCAACAAGCAGUCAUGAUGUGCACUUUGGAUCUCAAAUGUUAAUUCCCAGCAUUCAUUACAAGUGUGGGAAUAUUGAUCUGGGAUCAUAUGUUACAGUUUGUCACAUUAAAAUGAUGGAGUAUUUGA